CACACUUAGUGGUCUCUGAGUAACAAGAAGGAAGAAAAGUUGUCAAAGUGGACAACGCUAGCAAGUCGGCGCUUGUUGACUCCGAUGCCAAUCUCGCAGGACUUGAAGCGGAUUCACAUUCUUCCGCGGCAGAUUUAAAGCGUUAAGUACGGGCUUUGUUGCAGACGCGGUUAAAGAAAGGUCCGCCUCGGUUUCCUGGCGACUGUCUGGAGAGAGAGCGAGAGGAGGAGGAGGAAAGGGAGGAGACAUUCCCUCACUGUCCACCACCUCCUUCCUUCACAGUCAACAGGAAGACUGCAGGCCGCUCACACAAAGAAAAAAAACAUGAGCAAGAACCAGAAAGAGGUGAAGAAGAUCCAGUCUGCUUAUCUGCAGACUGUGGAGAAGCACAACCAGGGAGUCAAACCAGAGAAGAAAAGCUGGAAGGCCAAGGAAGGAGAGUUUGCCUCGCCGAGACCGCCCCCCGCCAACAGGAUCAGCCGAGACCUGACCUGCUCCAUCUGCCUGGACCUCUUCAAACAACCUGUCUCCCUGCCCUGCGACCACACCUUCUGCCAGGGCUGCAUCGUGGGCUACUGGGCGGGGCCCAGGGGUCACAGCCAGGGGGCCACGGGCUCCUGCCCCCAGUGCAGGAAGGUGUACCCGGGUCAGAGCUACAGACCCAACCGCAUCGUGGCCAACAUCGUGGAGAGCUACUGCCAGGGGCUGGAGGAGAGCGGGAGGGCGGAGCCCGCCCCGGCAGAGAAGGCGCCCCCCGCCCCGGCCCCGCGCUGCGGCCGACACCGGGAGGAGCUGAAGCUGUACUGCGAGGACGACCAGGAGCUGGUUUGUCUGGUGUGUGGACUCUCGCAGGAGCACAGGAACCACACCAUGGUGUGUGUCCAGGACGCAGAGCAAAAGUACAGGGCGUCCCUGAACAGCUCCAUGGACUCCCUCAAAGCGGAGCUCAACACGGCACUGCAGUGUGAUCGGGAAGCUGAGGAGGAAGUCAAAAAGCUUAAGGACCACACGGCUGACCUGAAGCAGCGCAUCGAGACCCAGUUCAGCGACCUGCACCAGUUCCUCUACCAGGAGGAGAAGAUGCUGCAGGUGAAGCUGAAGACGGAGGAGCGCCGCGAGCUGAUCCGCCUGGACGAGCACAAGGCCCUGCUGUGCGUGGAGAUCUCCCGUCUGCAGCGAGCCCUGCAAGAUAUCGAGGACAAGCGGCGGGAGCAGGACCCCUUCACUCUGCUGCGGAGCAUCAAAGUGUGUCUGCAGAGGCCGCCGCUGAAGUUCGAGAAGCCACUUUUUACGCCUCCCAGCCUGUGUGAGGGACGCUUUGCAGGGCCCCUGCAGUACAGAGUGUGGAAGUCCAUGAAGAGCACUAUUUACCCAGUCCCAGCAGCCAUCACGUUGAACUCCAGCACGGCCAACCCUUGGCUGAGCCUCACCUCCUCACUCACCUGCGUCCGCUACCAGACCUUCAACCACGGCGUGGAGGACAACCCCAACAGGUUCAACGCUGCCCUGUCGCUGCUGGGGAGCCAGGGCUUCACCCACGGCCGCCACUACUGGGAGAUCGAGGUCUACAGCAGCACCGUCUGGACCGUGGGCGUGGCCCGGGAGUCGGUGCCCAGGAAGGGGGUCAUCAAGGCUCUUCCGGCCAACGGCUUCUGGACCCUCUCGCUGUCCUACGGGAUACAGUACAUGGCGGGCACGUCCCCGCCGACCGUUCUGUCCCUAGAGGAGCCGCUGGCCAGGAUCGGGGUGUACCUGGACUACAAAAGAGGCCUAGUGUCUUUUUACAAUGCAGAAACCAUGACGCACCUGUACACCUUUAGGGAGAGCUUCAUGGAGACGCUCUACCCUUACUUUAAUCUGGGAUUCCUGGAUAAAGUGCAUGAAAAUGAGCCUCUUAAAGUUUUCUUGCCAAAAAUCUAGUUUUUUUUUGUACAGACGUCUGUAGACUGGAUCUACGGCCGCAAUAUCUGGAAUAUUAUAUAUAUCUUUGGCCUUUUUUUUAUUUUUUAAAUACAUUUCUGUCUACUUUUAACUCAAAAUCUAAUAAUACACACUUGAACUAUUCACAAUGUGUUUUGGUCAAUUUCAGGAAAAUUAACUUAGUUUUCUAUUCUAUUAUAUAAUGUCUUUGAUGUCCUCUGUGUUCUUUGAUGUUUCCCUCUUACACACAUGGAAGAGGGAUGUGUACCAUGGUUAUGAGUUGUUUUUUUAUCUUUUUAAUUUAUUUGUUUUUUUCCCUUGGCCUCAGUCUGCACCUCCUCUCCAGGGCCCAGGCAAAGACCGAUUUUUUAAAUUUUAUUUUAAUCUUCUAUUUUUUUCUCCCCCCCUUUGUUUACCUUUAUCUCAUCUUUUUUGUAAGGGGCGCUGGAAGCCGGCAGACCCGUCAGCGAUCCUGUUCUGUCUCCCUGUAAUGUUUGUCUAAACUUGAAUGGGAUUGUGCUGAAAAUUUUAAUUUUCCUGAAGGAACUCUCCUGACGGAAUAAAUAAAGUACUAUCUAUCUAAUCUAA